UUUCACAUAUGGUCACGUGAGCUCUAUGAUUGGUAGGCAUUAAUUUAUAAUAAUUAAUUCAGAAAAGAGGUUACUAAGAAAUGUUGGAGUGUCAAGAGUUUUUUGAUUAAAAUUUUGGAAACAAUAUUUUCUGAAAUGAGUGGAACAGAAGACAGAACGACACUUCAAAGUGAACAAUCUAGUGUUUCCAACAAUGAGGUUUCUUUGUCAAAUGGAACUGCGGAAAAUCAAGAAAAUGGAGAACAGCCCAGGCAACAAACCCGAAUGGAAUUAUUCGCUUCUAGAAUUAAAUCUUUCCUUAUCAGGGGGAUGAUAGUCUACUUUUUAGCUUCCAUGUUUCGAAAACCUGCCACACAAACAGGUGUCGAAAAAUCAACUAUAUCUGCUAAGAAUAUUUAUCCCUUUGGAAGCGAACUAGCAUUACACAUUUAUUUAGAUGAGAGAGAUGAUCUCACAAACUUUUCAUUAGAUAAAUUGUUUUGGUACAAAGAAGGAAUUGAGUAUGGUGAUUGGAAUGGAGGGCCUAAUGGAGAUGGAACAUUUAGUAUUGAAAAAGACAUUCCUAUCACAGAUCACUUAAGGAACAAUGGAUCUUUGUAUGUACAUGCCUAUGUAACCAUGGCUGGAGAAAGCCCUAACCCUAGAGCUCCCAAAUAUGCCAAAAAUCAUGUAUUAUAUAUGAAGAGGCAGCUAAAUAAAUUCAAGAAACUGAAGAAUCCUGGUACAAAAAAUUUGUUGACAGGAGAAAGUGGAGCAGUAGUAGCUGAAAGUGGUAAAAUCGUAUCUCAUUGGCAUCCAAAUUUCACCAUCAAUUUGAUCACUGAUCAGAGUCCGUGGACCUAUGGGGCUGUUCCAUCACCUUUGGAUACUCUGAUUGAGUUCACAGAAGAUAAAAGAAAUUACAAACCAGUGCUAUAUGCCAAUGAUUUUUGGAAUAUGGCCAGAGAUUAUGCACCACUCAAUGAAACUCUCAGUUUGAGGAUAAUUUAUCAACCGUUAAGUUUAUUCAAGUGGCAAAUGUAUGUGGCUCAAAGCAUGAGACAAUCAUGGAAUAUUUGGGGAGAUUCUGCUGAUGAAGCAUCUGAUGAGGAACAAGACACUUUGAAGGAAACACUUAUGGAUACGAAUCCCUAUCUUUUGGGUAUUACAAUUGGAGUAUCAAUUUUACAUUCCAUUUUCGAACUAUUGGCAUUCAAGAAUGACAUUCAAUUUUGGAACAAGAGGGAUUCUCUUGAAGGUCUUUCAGUUCGAUCUGUAUUUUUCAAUGUAUUCCAAUCUCUUAUAGUACUCUUGUAUGUGAUGGACAAUGAAACUAAUUCACUGGUACGAAUCAGUUGUUUUGUUGGACUCGGUAUAGAGUUAUGGAAAGUGUACAAAGUUGUAGAUGUGAGAUUCGAGAAUGGCCGUCUGAGUUUGAAAAAUAAAAGUUCGUAUGUAGAGAGCAGUACAAAGGAGUAUGACGAUCUUGCUUUUAAGUAUUUAUCGUGGAUUUGUUUUCCCCUUUUGAUUGGAUACAGCAUUUAUGCUCUUCUCUACUUGGAACACAAAGGAUGGUAUUCCUUUGUAUUAAAUUUGUUAUAUGGAUUCCUUUUGACCUUUGGAUUUAUUAUGAUGACACCACAACUUUUCAUAAACUAUAAACUUAAGUCUGUCGCUCAUCUUCCAUGGAGAAUGUUAACAUAUAAAUUUUUAAACACUUUUAUAGAUGAUAUGUUUGCAUUUGUUAUCAAAAUGCCAACUAUGUAUAGAUUGGGUUGUUUCCGCGAUGAUAUUAUUUUUUUGAUAUUCUUAUACCAAAAAUGGAUUUAUCCAGUCGAUAAGAGGAGGAAAAAUGAAUUUGGUUUUUCUGCAGAGCAGGAAAAUAGCCAGAACCAUAUUGCUAUUGACAAUGGUACUGAAAAAAAAGAGGAAGAAUCACAAGAAGAAGCAAAGAAAACAAAAUAAGGCAUUUAUUUAAUUUGUCUUGUAAACUUGUCUGUUGUAGAAGUAUUAACUAUAGUCUUACUUCAUUCAAUAUUCCCCAAAGAAGACUCCAUAAUUGUUGUAGGAAAAUUGUAAUUGUUAUUUAUGUGUAAUAAAAUAUUUGAAAUC